GAUUUCCGCGCCGUCGGGUUGGUACUUCCGCAGCACGGGUGCGGGUGACGUGGAUUUGGUGAUGAGAUUAUGUUGUGACACAACCCUUAAUUCACGUUUCCAGCGAAUUUUGUCCCUUCAUUUAAUUUUCCGGCCGCUCCGUUAAAUUUCUUCAAGAUUCGGGCUAUACGAUGGCAACUUAUGAAGAGUUUAUUCAACAAAAUGAAGAACGUGAUGGGACACGAUUUACCUGGAAUGUAUGGCCAUCAAGUAGGGUGGAAGCAACCCGGCUUGUUGUUCCUCUUGGAUGUCUCUACCAACCCUUAAGAGAACGCCCAGACCUUCCUCCAAUCCAAUAUGAUCCUGUUCUCUGCACACGUACUACUUGUCGAGCUAUACUGAAUCCUAUUUGCCAAGUCGAUUAUCGGGCAAAGUUGUGGAUUUGCAACUUUUGCUUCCAGAGAAAUCCAUUUCCUCCACAGUAUGGUGCCAUCUCAGAGCAGCAUCAACCUGCAGAACUCAUUCCAAUGUUUUCAACAAUUGAGUACACAAUCACGAGAGCUCAGUCCUUACCCCCAAUAUUUCUAUUAGUUGUGGAUACCUGUGUUGAUGAUGAAGAGUUAGGUGCACUCAAGGACUCAUUACAAAUGUCUCUUUCGCUGGUUCCACCUAAUGCAUUAAUAGGCUUAAUAACAUUUGGAAAAAUGGUGCAAGUUCAUGAACUUGGGUGUGAAGGCUGCUCAAAAAGCUAUGUUUUCCGUGGUACCAAAGACCUCACAGCAAAACAAAUCCAGGACAUGCUGGGUAUAGGUAAAUAUACUGGACCUCAACAACAACAGCAGCAGCAGCAACAGCAGCAAAGAGUCCCAGGUUCACAACCUCUGCCUGCCAAUCGGUUCCUUCAACCAGUUCAUAAAUGUGAUAUGAGUCUCACUGACUUACUGGGAGAACUACAGCGAGAUCCUUGGCCAGUUGCUCCUGGAAAACGUCCUUUAAGAUCCACUGGAGUUGCUCUCUCUAUUGCUGUUGGUUUAUUAGAGUGCAUGUAUCCCAACACAGGAGGCCGUAUCAUGAUGUUUGUUGGAGGAGCCUGCUCUCAGGGCCCAGGACAAGUUGUAAAUGACGAUCUUCGUGAACCCAUUCGGUCUCAUCAUGAUAUCCAUAAAGACGCUGCCAAGUACAUGAAAAAGGCAAUUAAACAUUAUGAAGGUCUAGCUGUUCGUUCUGCUAACAAUGGUCAUGCCAUUGACAUAUACUCAUGUGCAUUAGACCAGACAGGAUUAUUGGAAAUGAAACAGUGCUGCAACUCUACUGGAGGCCAUAUGGUGAUGGGUGAUUCAUUCAAUUCAUCCCUCUUCAAGCAAACAUUCCAGAGAGUGUUUGUACGUGACCAGAAACAAGAAUUGAAAAUGGCCUUCAAUGGCACUCUUGAAAUCAAGUGUUCAAGAGAGUUGAAAGUUUCGGGAGCUAUAGGAUCAUGUGUUCCCUUGAAUGUUAAAGGACCAUGUGUUUCUGAAACAGAAGUUGGAAUGGGUGGUACUUGUCAGUGGAAAUUCUGCACUUUCAGUCCAAGUAGUACUUGUGCUUUCUUCUUUGAAGUUGUUAACCAGCAUGCUGCUCCUAUUCCUCAAGGUGGCAGAGGCUGCAUCCAGUUCAUCACUCAGUACCAACACUCAAGUGGGCAAAGACGUAUCCGAGUAACAACAAUUGCUCGCAAUUGGGCUGAUGCGUCUGCCAACUUGCAUCACAUUAGUGCUGGUUUCGAUCAGGAGGCUGCAGCUGUUUUGAUGUCUCGCAUGGUAGUUUAUCGUGCUGAGACUGAUGAUGGUCCUGACGUUCUAAGAUGGGUUGAUCGAAUGCUCAUCAGACUGUGCCAGAAGUUUGGAGAAUACAACAAGGAUGACCCAAAUAGUUUCCGUCUCUCCGAGAACUUCAGCCUAUAUCCACAGUUUAUGUACCAUUUGCGUCGGUCACAAUUUCUUCAAGUCUUUAAUAACAGUCCAGAUGAAACAUCCUUCUACAGGCAUAUGCUGAUGAGAGAAGACUUGACACAGUCUCUAAUCAUGAUCCAGCCUAUCCUGUAUAGCUACAGCUUCAAUGGUCCUCCUGAACCAGUACUUCUGGAUACAAGCAGUAUUCAACCAGAUAGAAUUUUACUCAUGGAUACAUUUUUCCAAAUCCUUAUUUUCCAUGGUGAAACAAUUGCUCAGUGGCGCUCCCAAGGCUAUCAGGAUUUGCCAGAGUAUGAAAACUUCCGUCAACUACUUCAAGCACCUGUUGAUGAUGCUCAGGAGAUUCUGCAGACUCGCUUCCCUAUGCCUCGCUAUAUUGACACAGAACAAGGAGGCUCACAGGCUCGGUUUUUGCUGUCUAAAGUCAAUCCAUCUCAAACACACAAUAAUAUGUAUGCUUAUGGAGGGAUGGUGCCUGCAAGCUCUGGGGAAAGUGGUGCCCCUGUCCUCACAGAUGAUGUCAGCCUUCAGGUCUUUAUGGAGCAUCUCAAGAAACUUGCUGUAUCAUCUACUGCUUAGUGGUGAGCUAAAUGGCACACGCUUGCGUAAUGUGUAUUUAGUUUCAUUUGGCAAAUUUUAUAAUUUUGUUGUCUUGUUAAACUUUCAACUUUUAAGGGAAGGGAAUUUAAAUGUUAAAGAAUUUUUGUAAAAG